GUUUUUUUCUCCUGGUCCGGGGAAACAGAAAAGUGAGCAGAAAGACCUUGAGCGAAGAACAGAUGGGGAGCAAUAUGCCUAUGUGUGCCGCUGUUGGUCUUCUAGCACCCUCGCCAUGGCUCCUCCGGACAACAACAGGACGUCCACUUCAAGGUCGCUCGCAGCCGCGUCCGGAGAGAGCCUGGGGGCAAUGAACAUUCCACUGGGGCCUCCCAACAAGGGCGGAAAAUCCGGGACAACUGACAAAACAUCGGAGGGGAGGAGAAUGAUUCGACACACGCUCAACCCCAUCAUCAAACUGCUGUCCCCAUCGCCCUCCACAUCAUGCAGGCAACACGAAACACCUGCAUGGAUCCAUGGGGAGUGAACGUGUGCUAUACACUGUGUCACGGCAGGCGCAUUCUCUACCCUAUGUCGCUGAGAUUUCGCAAGGAAGACCUGGAGACGACCUAUGCGCAGCACGUGCAGGUAGGUGCGGGUGGGUGACGGGCAGCAGCCAGAGGGCAACAACCACCAUAUGUGCCAUUUGAGUGGUUCCAUACACACACGGCUCGGCUUUGCAGCGUCAAGCUGCCAAGAAUCUGUGGUGGUCGUUGCUGCUCCUUGUGGGGUGCAUUGCCCUCGAGUAUUCUGCCACAGCACUUCUGACAGAAGGGUUCCGCCCCAAGCACAAGCCAUCCCACUUGGCCUACACUAUAGGCGUCUUCACCAUCGUGUUAUCCGGCGUGUUCGUGAGCGGGAUGUCCGCUGUCAAGGGAUUCUACGCCUACAUAGAGGUGAGGAGAGUGACCAUAUGUGCAAGCAGGCCAGCUAAGCGUGCAACGAUAGACCUGUUGCUCACCAGUUGAUCAUAUCUCUCGGCGGGUCGCUGUUGUGCGGUAUCCUGGUGUUUCUGGUGGACCACUGGCGGGUGGCUCGGCUGCUCGAGGACAUCUCACCCAACACCAUAUGGAAGAGGUAUGCAAUGCCAGCCAAGGCGGACUGGUGGCUGAGGGGCGUCUUUGUAUUUGUGUCUGUUCGUCUCGAGUAGGGAUUACUUUUCCGAUGGUCCCUUGCUGUUGGGUCUGAUGUCCAUUCUGCUAUCGAUCUGCAUCUACCUGCCAGUCAGGUCCAUAUGCCUAUGGCCCGUCUCUAUGAGGUACAUAUCGACGUGUAUGGGCAAUCCCGCACAGAUACCAACGGGAGAGCACAUGUGUUGCCUCAUCUUCGUCUGGACGUUCAGCUCGAUUUUGUGCUAUGCGUUUGCUACGUUCGUGUUCAAUUCGCCUGACGGCAACCGUCCGGCGGUGCUGAACGUGCUGCUGCUGAUACUGCUCAACCACCUGGCGUUUGCAGGCCGCCGGGCACUCGAGGCUCAGCAGCGGCUGCAGUUCCACGAGGUCUACCAGGCGGGGUUCAAAAUCAAAUCACUUGAACAGCAGGUAGACAACUAGAGAGGGAAGGAGCGAGGGACGCAGCAACCAGCAUGAAGCGUCACUUAAACACAUGCGACGUCUCUCUCUCUCCCCUUCGCGGCCAUGGUCAGAUUCAGCAGGUGAACCAGCGCCCACCCACCACACUCGAGAGCCUCUUCGACUCACUCAAGGACGCAACCAAGAGAAUGGACUACGUCAGAACACUCCUACAUGUGAGUCGGCGACAGGAGACGGCCCGCUGGCUGGCGGUACGGGUGAACAAAGGAAUGGCUGAACCUGUGUGUUGUGAGCAGGAUGACUACCCCGACUUGGCGGCUCAGUUGGAGAGCGGGAUAGCUGAGGUAAAGGAGUCCAUCCUGCACCUCACCAGGAUCGACACGCUGCUGCAAGUCAAUGUCAACGCCAUCAUCGGUCACAAAUAAUGCACUUGAUGAGAUUGACACACUGCCACCCUCAGUACGCACCCUACUUACUCGCUUAUGCCUCUACGUCUGUCUGUGCGUCUGGGCAGAGCGGCGGACGUCGAGUGUGUCGGUCAACGACACCACCAAGAAGUUCAUCAAGGAGAACUUUAUGCGGGGCAGGACGGAGUCACCCCUCCCGGCAAAAGGCAAAGUAUCCAGAAGACCUACCAAGAUCAGGUUCAUACACAUAUCAUGGGCGCGUGGCCACAUACGUGUGUUGCAUGUGUCUAGAUUUUCGGUGAUGAUGGCUCCCCGAGCAGCUCAUGACGGUCACGAGAGCACCCGCGCCCUGUGUGAGGGCCUGGGCACCGAGUGGAACUUCAACAUGCUGCAGCUCAACGAAGCCACGGCCAAUAACGCUCUGGUACGAAUGGACUCGCUCACUUACUCACUCACUAGGGCUGAGGCAGAAACAGGGUGACUCUGUUGGGCGUUGUAGGUGACGGUGGGUAUAUACGUAUUGGAGCCGUUCGUGUCAUCUUCGCUGCGAUGCGCGCAGCAGGUGGUGGUCAACUUCCUGUCGGAGAUACAGAGGAGAUACAAAGCACAGCCCUACCACAACGCUGCACACGGUACAUCCACAUCCAUGCCUACGGCGGGACGUCUCUUUCCCCCCCGCAUGUCUAUCUGUCUGUGUAUAGGUGCCGAUGUGUGCCACAGCACGCUGUUUCUCGUUCAGCAUCUGUGCGUCUUCGAUAAGAUUGACGAGGUGGAUCAGCUGGCCGUCAUCGUAGCCGCACUCGCACACGAUGUCGGACACCCUGCCAGGAGCAACGCAUUCCAGGUUACCAAAGCCACAUACACAUACCGCUGCCCACAAAUCGAAGCGAGGAAGCGCCGCCUCUUGAGCGUGUGUUGUCAGAUAGCUAUUGGGAGUGACUUGGCGGUGCGUUACAACGACAUGUCUGUGCUGGAAAACUUCCACUCGGCACAGACAUUCGAGGUCCGUCCAUGCAGUCCCGCGGCAGCUGCAUCCUGUCCCUCUUGUGCUGUGCUGUGCUGUGUUGUGUUGUGUUGUGUUGUCGUGUGUGGGUCAGGUUCUGAGGACGGAUGACUGCAACAUCAUGCAAGGGCGCGAACCUGAGGAGUGGAGAGCAUUCCGGUGGGCGCGGUACACACCGAUACAAUACACGCGCUCUGUUGAUGAGUGGUUAUUGAGUGAGUGGUGUGAUGUUGAUUGACUUGCAUCAGCUCUGCAGUCAUCGACAUGAUCCUAGAGACCGACAUGAACAAGCACUUUGAGUCCAUAUCGAAAUUCAAGGUAUGUCGGCUACCUCCGCCGCUGCGUGAGCCCAUGCAUGCACCCGCCAUGCAUGUUGUGGUCAGGUCCGGAUCCAGAAUGAUGAUUUCGACAUUGUGACAAGGAGUGAGGACCGUUUCCUGACGGCCAAGAUGUGUGUCAAAGCGGCGGACAUCGGGCACUCCACCAAGGAGUGGAACCUCCACUACGCCUGGUCGCAAAAGGUCACCGAGGAGUUCUUCGAACAGGUCAACACAAACAUCACCUUACCCACCGGACUCUGUCCGUCUGUCUGUCUGUGUCUGGAGCCAUGUGUUACGCACCUGUGGGAUGCGCAUGUGGGUGUGUAGGGCGACGAGGAGCUUGCUCGUGGGCUGCCGGUAUCGCCCCUGUGCGAUCGGUCCAAGAUGGACGAAGUGCCCAAAUCGCAAAGCGGGUUCCUGCAGGUGCGCAGAGAACAAGAUGCUGUCUCUCCCCUUGACCUUGCUCGUCUUGUGGUUGCUUGUUUGUGUGUCAGUACGUGUGCCUGGACAUAUUUCAGCAUCUGGCCUACGUGGAGGAGAAGGUCAAGAUGAGCGACUACAUGGAGCGCCUCACCCACCACAUGACCCACCACAACGGCGCCACCCACCCGGUCUCCGCCCAGCACUCUAACGUCUCACACCACUCAGAGGCAGACGAACACCACCCCGGAAGAACGCAGCCCGCCGACAAACAUACACCCGCUGCGCCUUCAGGGCCUGCGCAGGGCCCCGCUGCUCACAAAGGGACCACUGGGGCCCCAUCAUCGAAGCACAGGCGGUCCCAGGGUGACGGGAGCAAGAAGAGGCAGCGGCACCUGCUGCACUCAUGGGGCGGCCGCACCGCCACCAAUCAGCUGCAGCUGGAGCCAUCGAGGGAACGAAGCAUUGGCCUGACCUCAUCGCCCGUGUCGGAGGCUGGCCGCACCGACGCGGACCCCGUGGGGCACUCAUCUAAUGCUCACCAUGGCGGUGGUGUCUCUUCAUCGUGUCAUGAUUUGCCGGAUGCCCCGCCCGCACCGACCUUUGAGGUGCACCGGUGCUGCGUGGAGCAGCUACUGGAGAACAAGAUGGAGUGGCAAAGACGGGCUGACGACACCGAGCACAAGAGAAAACAUACCGAAGGGGUCAGCACUGCAUGCACGUGUCGAAUCCAUGCACACACCCACAAUUGGUGAGGUUUGGUAUCCUGUGCAGGCGGUUGGUCGCAGGGUGCUAUUCAAGGGUGUGGGCGGGCGGGCGGAGGGUGCGGAUGAGGUGCCUCCUCCGCUCGACGGCCGUUCCCUCUUGCCGUCACUGGCCGAUGAGGAGCCCCUGCCACCCCAGAGUGACCUGACGACGUCUCCCCCACCCACAUCCCCGCCGCUCUUCAGCGACCACACCGACCCGCCCGCCAGGACACUAUCUCCGAUGUCCCUGGAUGCAGACGGGGCACCUGUGGGCCUCAUCUCCCCGGGGUCACCCGACAUGGGUGACCCGUCAUCCCUGCGGCGGCCGCUGGCGGAGCAGAUGAAGAGGGUGGAGGCGGCGCCACCUUCCCUGGCCCCUUCUCGGGCAGGGGGGGCCGUCCGCGUGGACAGUUUGGAAAUCGUGGAGAAGGAGGGGCCCCUGUCGUCGACGACACCCACACCCGGGGGGAGCCCCACUAGGCCAGGUGGGGACGGCGGGGAGCUAGAAAUCAGAUUGACGUUAUCCUGAAGAAGAAUUCUUCAACCAACGAUUGCAAUUGCGUGUGGUCGUGAGAUAUGGGGC